AUUCAAUACGAGUACGAUCCAAUCGAAGUACAUUUGCAUGCCAAACUGCUUCGUCGAAAUUCAAUCUCGAGGCCGAAAAAUACGACAGUAUAGUUCUUACGAUUUACUGUACUGACGUGUUGUCUCGUGUUUCAUGUUUUGGGCGAUGAGGAGCCUUCUGUUGUUGACCACAGCCUGCGUCCUGGCCGGCGCAGCCGUGAUCUACGAGGACCCAACCCAGGUGACCAGUUUCAAAGUCAACGAACCCCUCAACCUGAAAAUAGUCCGAGACCACCUCAAAUUCCACCACGUGCAGGGCGAACUGCCGGCCAACACGUUCAGCAAGCUGCCCAAGUUCACCUAUCUCCAAAUUAAGGGCAACAUCACCUACAUCGAACCGGGAGCGUUCCACGGCCUCCACCACCUGAUCCAGCUGGACCUGCACGACAACGGGAUCCGCUACCUCAUCAACGGGACGUUCCGAGGGGCGACGAAUCUGCGCUUCCUCAACCUGGGAAGCAACGACAUCCGAUAUAUCGAACCUCACGCCUUCCACAACGUGCGCGAGCUCGAAAACCUUAACCUGAACUACAACUACAACCUCAAGGUGUUGCGGGACAAUGCGUUUUUCGGGCUGACGCACCUGAAGGUGUUGUCUUUGAUCGACUGCGGGUUGCGUGAAAUACAACGUUCUGCCUUUUACUCGUUGGAACAAUUGGAGUCUCUGGACCUGUCCAGGAACAAUUUCAAAGAGAUUUCUGGCGAUUACUUUGUGGAUCUGAUCAAACUGAACGACUUGAACUUGUCGCACAACAAAUUGACCUGGUUGGACCCCCGGACGUUCCAGGGCAAACUGUUGGCAUUGAGGAAGCUGAACAUAAUGCACAACGACAUGAGGUGCGAUGUUGCACACGAGAUUGAGAGGCAGAUGGCCGCAACUGUUAAAGUUGCCGUCAGAACGGAAGCCGGAUAUGGAUGUAUUAUUUAAUCGUUAGUGUAUUCCUAGUUAAACAGUAUAAAUUUAGUUAUUUAAGCUUUUUCUGUAAAUGGUUGUGAUUUUUGUGUAAAUUUCUAGUGAUAAUAUUAUUUGUGUUAAACUUGUUAGUGAUGGAUGCUUUAUUUAAACGAAUAAACUUCCAGAGAUAGAAGGUAAUUUACAUACAGUCCAACAAGUUGUAAAUGUAUUUAAACUCGCAUUAUUGCAUUAAAAUUACACUUUUAACAUAAUUAUCUAUAAACUGACAAUAUUCUACGUUAGUCGGAUUGUUGUUUUAAUUUCCUGCAAAAGUUUAAUCGCAUUAUCAAUAUAAACAGAUUUCAGACACUGUG